CAAAGACCGAGCGGCUCACCCAAUCAAACAAGACUUCACUUUUAAAUGAGCACCCAUAGUUCCCCUUCUCCCUGUUACUGAAACCCACAACAAAACCAAAACGGACCCAACUGUUUAGGCUAGAGUUGGGGCUCGGGGUUAUACGAGACUCUUUUUCAGCGAGCCAGUGGAUUUUGAGCUCCAGCUGUUUCAUGGGAACCCAGGAGGGAGACAGAGAUUGGGUAGAUGUGGCAAAUGACCUACUCAGCAAGUGUCACAUAAACCUGAGGCUGAGGAGACUGACGGACUGUGAUGCAAAUGUUUUCAUUGCUCUGUAUGAGAACAUCUUGGGAGAGAAAGUUCCAGAUUACAUUGCAGUGCCAUGCAGUCAAGAGGAGGACAUCCAUAAUGUUCAGUCUGUGAUUGAUUCAUUGUCCCUGGACUACCUUCAGAUCAGUCUCUCGCACAUUACAGGAGAAAAUGUUGUCAGAGGAGACAAGGAGUCUAUCAAGAACCUCUUGGAAAUCUUUGAUGGCCUCCUGGAAUAUCUCAAGGAGGAGAUAAGCGAAGAAUCACAGAACAGUGAGGAACUGAAUGACAGUCUUCAUGAGGAUGUGCCUGGUGAAACAAAGGAGCCAACAAGUUGCAAUGCCACAGAGCACAAGGAGACUAAACAGGAAGGAGCAUAUUCGUCUUCCAGUGGAGAGUCUCCUGUCCAUUCCAGUAAACAUUCCCUCCCUUCCUGGAACGCUGAGGAGAUGGGAUCAACUAGUGAGGUCAUUGGGCUGGGAGUCUCCGCGCGCACAUUUACAGCCAAACCAGAAGACGCAGGCACCACCUCUGGUCCUCUGGACACCCAGGACGCUCCACUCACUGAGUCGCUGCACUCAGCCAUCGCUCUGCAGCCACCCAAACAGAGUAACACCCACCACAGACCCAACAUAGACACACACUCACCCACCCAGUCCCCCAUAGCUGAAGGCCUCAGUCUGGGGCACGAAAAGGAUGAAGCCGCUCCUGUCACUACAGAGACUAGACCAUUAGCUGAUACAGUUGUUACCAAUGGACAACAGUCUCCUCCCCUUUUCCAGUCUCCUGCUGCGAGUGAGAAGUCUUUGUCCAGUCAGCAAAGAGCCAGGACAGAAGUGGAGGGGGAGGCACUAGAGCCAACUAACGGGGGUCCCAGGAGGGUUUUAUUCCGCACCCAACCAGAUGUUCUCUUCCUCAACCUGCAGGAUGAGAUGGCAGCCUCGAUCCCUUCUCCACCAGACACAGAAGAGGAAGAGCAAGAUGAUGAGGAUCUGAGUUGUACACGAAGACGACCGGGCAGAAGAAUAGGUCACAGAGAUAGGGUGAGCCUCAGUAGCAGGUUGGAGGAGGAAGGUCUUGGGGAGCCUCUGUCAUAUUGCAGACAGAGGAACAAGCAAGCAGAAAAGGAGCUGCAUCACAUAUCAGAGAAACUCUCACAUCGACUCGAGGAACUUGAUCAGAUGCUUAAACGAGUCCUGAGUGAAAGUGGAGAGACCAGUGAAGUCCGAGAAGAGGACAAGCUGUCCCACCACAGUGAUAGCAUCAUGGAGUGUCGCAGGACUCCCAGACAACACACGGAAACACCUGAUGCUGAAUCCACCCACCGGACGCGCUCCUUAUCCCCCUCCCCUCCACGGGUCCGACACUCCCUACAGGGACAGUUAGAAGACGCUAUGGCAGAGGCCUUGAGUCUGGAUGGUGGGAGGGAUACCAACCUCACAGCUUCUGAUCAUUCAAGGCCAGAAGAGCUACACCACAGACGGCCUCGCAGAAAACAUAGCAAGCAUCUGCAGAAUAAGGCCUAUGAGGAGGAGUUGAAAAGAUAUGAAGACAAAGAACGGGCAGAUUUAGACAAGGCGCGUCUCAAAGCUCAGGAAGCUGAGCGACAGUACAGAGAGGCCAUACUAAGGGAUGUUUCACAAACCACCAGACCGUCUCCAGCUAGAACAAAGCAUGGGUCGCAACGUAACACACAAACCACACCAGGACGGAGAAGGCAGGAGGCCCCCUGGAAAGCUCCACCAAUGAAGGUGAAGGGGAAUGAGCUCCUCCCUGUGCUCCUGGAGGAGUUGCCCCACCUUCACAUCUCCCCCCAAGCCCUGGGUCGGAUGUGGGACCAGCAGAUGCAGCAGGUGGACAGACUCCAUGCCCAGUCAUCCUCUCAUAGCCAGCGUCGCAGCAAACUCUCCAGCCAGGUGGAGGAAGCCCAGAGGAAACAUGACCUGCUGGUGGAGAUCGUCCGUAAAGACCAGGACCACAACAGGCGUCUGAGGGACUUCAAAGAGCGCAUCCAGCAGCAGAAGUCGACCCAGAACAGACUGAGGGAACAGAGGCAGCAGAUAGCACGCGCCAAGAAGUACCACAAUGACUACCAUGUCCAGCACCGUGCCCGCCUUAUGAGGGCACGCACCAAGGAGGAGAGGACGUUUCGGCAGCUGUUUGAGGAGGGUUUGGAGCUACAAAAAGUCCGGUUGAGAGAGCAGAGAGCCUACGCCAGAGAGCAGCGUCUCGAACAUCAACGACGACACCAGGAUCAGAUAAAGUCAAUGGAGAACUACUACAAAGACCAAUUUUCACUACUAGCUGAAAAACUUGCACAAGAGCGGGAGGACAUCCAGGUUCGGAAAAGAGCUCAAGAGAAGGCUCUGCUGAAGAUGAAGAGAGAGCUGCGUUCCAGGAUGGAACGUGAGAUCGGUGAACUGCAGAAGAUCAUCAUCCAGAACGAUGAGGACGAUCAUUUCCAGGAUCUAGAGGUCCAGAGGCUGCGCAAUCGGGUACAGAUGGCUUCCUUCCAGUACAACACUAGCUAUCUGCACUGACUGGGGAAGCGUGACACAGGGCCAUUUUAAGGUCCACUCAAUUAAGGCUGGAUUUACAUCAGAGGAACAUGCUGCAAAAGACUUCCUGCCAUUCACAACUAAGGGUACUACAUUCUGACGGCUGAACAGUAUUGUCUCCUCGGCAUCUUCCUACAGAGAUUUGCACAGGAAGAGGAAAUUCACUAUUAAUGAACUGAACACACUGACUAAAUGUAGCCAUUAGGUUAUGUAGCUAACUCUUCCUCCCACCUCAGCUGCUAUACCUGAAUUUAAUAACACCUUGGACCAAGUCCCCACCUCCUUCAAUGGUUUUUAGUACUUGAUACCUAAGAAUGUUUUAAAGUGGCUCACUCACUGUGCAGUCUUGUGUGUGCUGACAUUGUAGCAGACAUCUAGUAAAAGUUCUUCCUCUUGCCAAAUAGGGACCACCGAUGCAAAGUGGAUAAGUAUGAAUGUCACACAGUUUUAACUUCCUUUUGUGUGAUGUCUUCCUUAAAUGUCUUAACCAUGCCAGUGGAUUAUUUAUUUUUUUACUUUGUCAUUAGAUUUUUAAUUAACCUGGUGUUGUUCUGUCAGGUCAGAUUGUUUUUAACUGCCAGAAUUUAGGACAUGGUAGUUUUAAACAAAUUCACAAAGGUUGGAAUGUUAAAACACUGUCUACUGGUAUUGUCCAUGGAAUCUAAUGAUCACACCAAUGCCCUGUCAUCUAAUAAAUGUGAGGUCACUCAUC